AUGAAUGCAAAUAAUUAUCUGUACCGUUUGAAGAACGUUUAUACAAAGAUUGGAAAUACAAAUUGUGGUGGUCUCGUAUACAACAGAAAUGGUUUAACUUCACGUUUAUACUCUUCAACGACGAGUAAACGAGAAGAAUCAAAUGAUGAUGGUACUUUAUUGGUGGUCGAUACAACAACAAACAAGAAAAAAGGAGGAGGAGGAUACAUUACAACGAUUAGACAUGUAUUACAGAAAUAUAACUUUGAUCCUCAUACACUACCAGUUACAAAUUACUAUAUCAACUAUGAUACCUAUCAACAAAACCAACUACAACAGUUGAAUCAAAGUAUAGGUGUUGCUAAAAACAAGACCGACCAUUUCAAUAUCAUCAAUGAUCGUUUAAUUGGUGAAAAUAAGAUUAGAAUGUUUCUAGAAAAGAAUGAUAUAGACACUAUAGUAUCGGAUAAUCAACAACUAAAAAGUGGAGAACAAGAAGAACAAGAAGAAGAAGAAACAACAAAACAAUUGAUUGAUCGUAUUUUACAACAAAUAUCAUCAUCUACAACUACCACUUCAUUACCUUUUUCAUCUUCAUCUUUAUCUUCAUCCUCAACAAGAUCACCAUUUUUAACUUGGUCACAACAAAUAUUACCAAAUACAAUUGAAUGUAAAGGAGAAUCGGUCAAGGAAAUAGCAACCAAUGCAUUCAAUGUUUUAUAUCCAUUAUUAUUUUUAUUACAACAACAUCAUAUCAACAAUAACAAUGACAAUAAUAACAACAAUACAACACCAUUUAAAUUUAUAUUUUCAUCAAUUGUUGCAGUGGAUACAUUAUCAUCAAGAUGUGAAUUAGUUAGAGACAAGAUUAUGGAGAAAUUAAAAGAAACAAGAAAACAAUUAUAUCAUUCAAUGGUAACAACCGAUUCACCAUUAUACAAAGAUUUAACAAAAUUCAACAACAAUAACAUUGGUGAAAGACAAGAUAAUUUAUACAUUUGUCAAAUACUGAUGACCUCAAAACAAACAUUACAAGUUUGUAUAUCAAAGGUUGGACAAGAUAGUGAUCUAGGAUGGACACUUCCACUACCAUUUGAAUUGGGUGUAGCACCAUUACCAGAAUCAAAAAUUCCACCAUCAAGAGCCUAUAUUAAAUUACUGGAGGCUCUUAUUCUAACUGGACGUAUUCCAGGUCCAGGUGAUAAAUGUGCAGAGUUGGGUAGUAGUCCUGGAGGUUGGACCGCACUAUUGCUGUCGCUAAACAAACCAGAUAAUAUUUCAUUAGAGAGUGUUGAUCGAUCACCGUUGGACACGAAUCUAACAAAGAAAUACAAACCACCAGUACUCACACACAGUAUUGGUAAUGGAGCUGUUUGGUUACCAAAGUCACCUGUUUCAUGGUUGUUCAACGAUAUGUCUAUACCACCUGAAAAGAGUUUAGAAGUACUAGACAAUUGGAUUGCAGGUGGACAUGUCACAGACACCUUUUUAUGGACACUCAAAUUUGUUGGAUCACACGCAGACCCAACGACUUAUAAAAAGGCAAUUGAUAAAACACAUCAAAUCAUGUCCAAACAUAAUAGUAAAUUUAAUGUUGAAAGAGUAAUUUUAUUGACCCCAAUUAAAAGAUAUUUAUCGACAACUAAAAUUGACAAUGAAUUCAUCACUCAAUACAUAAAGGUUGAGAGUGAUGGAAAAACUUUGACAACUGAUCCAAGAGCCGUUAGUCAAACAACUUCUAGCAUUGGUUUUGCUGGAUAUCCAGGGAGUGGCAAGAGCACCCUUUUCAAUGCCAUGGUUAAUUGUCUUUAUGGUGUAGAGAAGUCAUACUUUGUAGCAAGGGAUGGAAUAAAGACAGUAACUCUUGGAAUGUACACCAUGUCAGACAAGGCAAGAAGUGUAUUGGGUCUCCGUCCAAUCACCAAACAAGUCUUUGUCACUGUGCCAGAGCCCAUAGAAGACGAUGACGUACAAGUUGCACUUGGCGAACAAAUCGUAAGAGAGGUCUCCAACAUACUCCCCGGUAUGGUGAUCACACCUUUUGCCUUGCCCAGAUACUCACUAAAAGAACUUCAUAAAAUGAAAACCAAAGAGAGACCACUUUCAUUCCAUCCAGAUUUUGUUAACAUUGUCAAAACUGGUAUUAUCGAUAAGAUCACUCCAAGAAUAGAAACCGAGGCAUUGGCAUCAAAAGCAGAAUCAAUUCAAAAACUUCUCGAGGCCUACAACAGAUCAUUGCAUACCAAUAUUGCCAAAUCAAAAUCUGUAACCUAUUUAACCAUGAAUUUUGCUGAUUUUUAUAAUAACACUAGCAACAUUGUCCAAGUAGAUUUAACAAAAUCUACAUUCUAUGUCAAGGAAAAGAGUGAAUUGUGGGUUCUAGAUUCUAAAUUUCCAACAGUCGUAACCAUUCCCCAAGAGGAAUUAAUCUCAAUCUACAGAGAUCAAUUCGACUCCAAGCAUACUGACCUAGUCGCCAAACUUGCAAUCGCCGGACAAUUGGAUAAAAGCAAAAAAGCAUUUCAAGAGUGUGUUCAAUCAGUCAACGAUAGAGCAAAGUCAAAACUUACAGUCUACAUUGGCGGUUUGGAAUUUGGUGACACCCAUGUACCAGGAAAAGAAUAUUUUAUCGAUCGUCAAAAUGCUGACCUUGUCAAAUUCCAAAAGGCCGUUCAAUUGUCGCCAGAUUACACUCCAUUCUACAAACACUACGAUGCAGAGGUUCCCUUGAUUAAAAAGAAAUGGGAGGACCAAGAAAAACGAGCACAGUGGAAGGCUCCAGUACAAACUCAUGGUGACCGAAAAUGUGAGGGUGGACAUUCCUUGGUAGAUCAUGUCAGUUGUUCAUCAUGUCAAGGUUAUUUGUAUUGGGUUGAUGGUCUCUCCUCAACUGCAAUGUGUCGAAAUUGUGGAAGAAAACAAUCACUCGCUACUCCAAAAUUGGUUUGUCGUGGUUGUGGUAAACCUGCUAUAUGUAUUGCUUUGCUUCAACCUGCAUUCAAUCCAUAA